CUACGUCACCAUUCGAGUUCGUCGCGCGACCGACAUUUUACUACCAGCUACAAGAAGAGAGAAGAGCACGGAAUGGAGAGAACGCAUCACAAAAUAAAAUAAAGAUCUUUUAACAGAUAUUUCGUUUUGCAGAAUUUGCUGUCUACCUGCAGCCCUUCAGAUUGGCAACUGCUUUUGUACUCUGGCGGACUGAGCUUUUAGCUAACGUCUAGAAUUGAUUUAAAUUGCUUGCCGUCAGGAUUGGCUUGGAUAUCCUGUGCCACAGUUUUAACGAAGCACCACUUAUUAUUACAGGUGUGUGUUGUUUCGCCUCAGCAGCAUGGCUGUGGUCAUCCGCUUGCAGGGUCUCCCGAUAGUGGCGGGCACCAUGGACAUACGCCAUUUCUUCUCUGGAUUGACUAUCCCGGAUGGUGGGGUGCAUAUUGUAGGGGGUGAACAUGGUGAGGCUUUUAUUGUUUUCGCCACAGAUGAAGAUGCCAGGCUUGGCAUGAUGCGUACAGGGGGAGCAAUCAAAGGUUCUAAAGUGUCACUUUUGCUGAGCAGCAAGACAGAGAUGCAGAAUAUGAUCGAACUUAGCCGCAGGCGUUUUGAAACAGGCAAUGUGGAGGGAGCCGCAGGAAACGGUAGCAGGCCAGGCCCCACCGUCAGCACAGGUGGGAGGGGCAGUUUACCCACCACUUUACAAGGCUUCAGCAACACCACACCAACCACAGUCACCACAGCUGCAUCUGCACAUGAAACUAUAAGCAACAAAAAUGUGUCCACGUUUGCCACCACUAGCAUGGGAAACAUGCCCCCCAGUUUCAGCAACAACUUCAGCAGCCCAAAUCUUACCAUGGGAUCCACUAUGACAACAGCCAUGUCCUCCCUCAACUCUGUACCACCACCUAUCCCCCCUUUGCCAACCAUGCCAUCCCUGCCACCCAUGCCUUCCAUACCCCCCAUGCCACUUCCACCACCUGUGUCCUCUAUGCCUCCUGUUCCCACUGUGUCACCUUUAACCCAAGGCCCCCCUGUCCUUCCCAUGAGUCACCUGUCCCACAUGGGCUCAAUGCCACCAUUUAACCCAGGCAUCCCACCCCCUGGUGGACUGGCCUCAGGGCUGCCUCUAGGAACCCCAAACCACAUGUUUCUGGGCCAUAUGAACCCUCUGUUAAAUCUCCAGGCACACAUGAAGGCAGCAAUAGGUAAUUCAGACGAGUUAUAUGUCCACCUUCAAGGCCUGCCCUUCUCAGGUACAGAAACAGAUAUUAGGGAGUUUUUCCGUGGGUUAGCGGUGGACUCCAUCCGACUGGUCAGGGACAACAUGGGCCGGAGUAGCGGCAGGGCGCUGGUCAAGUUCCUUUCCCCUCAGGACACUUUUGAGGCACUCAAAAGAGGCACUGGAAUGUUAGGGCAGAGGUACGUGGACAUCUCUCCGGCCACAGAGAGGCAGUGGAUGAGUGUCAGCAGCAACAUGAGUUCAGCGUCCCCGUCAACCAGAGACCGUGCGAGGUCCCGCUCCCCUCACAACAAGGAGUUCUGUGUUUACCUGAAAGGCCUGCCCUAUGAAGCAGUAAACAAACAGAUCUUUGAGUUUUUCAAAAACUUGGAUAUUGUGGAAGACAGCAUUUACAUUGCUUAUGGACCCACUGGCCGAGCUACAGGCGAGGGCUUUGUCGAGUUCAAAAAGGAAAUGGACUACAAAGUUGCCCUCGGUUGUCACAUGCAGUAUAUGGGUAGCCGAUUCAUACAAGUUCACCCCAUCAGUAAAAAAGCUAUGUUUGAAAAGAUUGGUUCAAUUCGUCAAAGGAUGCAGGGUGGUGAUAAGAAAAACAACUCAGAAUCAGGCAAGAGCCCUAGAAACUGUGCUCACAUCUCAAAUAUUCCAUUUAAUGCGUCGAAGAAAGAUGUCCGUCUGUUUCUAGAAGGCAUUUCAGUAUUUGACGAAAGUCUUAAAGUUCUGGUUGACAGCAGUGGUAACAGUCUAGGUCAGGCUGUUAUGCAGUUCAGGGCAGAGGAGGAUGCGCUAAAUGCUGAGAGACUACACAGGCAGAAGUUAAAUGGCAGAGAUGCCUUUGUACAUUUGGUCACCUUUGAGCAGAUGAAGGAAAUUGAGAGAAACCCACCACCACAGGUUAAAAGAGGCCAGAAACCCCAAGGGAACACUCAAGGCCAGGCACACAGCCAUGCACAGAAUCCAGUUCAAGCUCACCCCUUUGCCGGUAUGACAGGAGAAGAGUUCAACUUCCUCAGAAACACUGUAGGCAAUUUAGGCAAUGGUCCUUUUACACCAUUUACUGUCCCAGGUAAUGGACUAGCGGGCCCCCCUCCACCCCCACUUGCAGCAAGUCUAGGGGAUGUAGCCCUUAGCAUUCCCCCACCCAUGGUUGCCGGUCACUUGCCUGGAGCAGUUCUGGAACCCCCGGGCUUCCGACCAGGCAGCAACAAUGGCCCACCUGGCUUUGGGCCAGAGGGAUUGAGGGGCAUGCCACCUUUUGACAAUGGCCCUAGAAAGAGCAGAGGCCUCAACAACAACAACCGAGGAGGUGGCCAUGGGCAAUCAGGAGGGUGUCCUCAGUCUGCCUUUGGCCCUGGCUCUGACCCUCUGAGAGGGCAAUCAACCGGAGGCCCUGGUAACCCUCGUGGACCUACCAUUGUAAAGAUCCAAAACAUGCCUUUCACUGUAACAGUCGAUGAGAUUCUAGAUUUCUUUUAUGGGUAUCAGGUUCUGCCUGGUUCAGUCUGUCUGCAGUUCAGUGAAAAGGGCCUGCCCACUGGCGAGGCAAUGGUUGCCUUUGAGUCGCACAAGGAGGCAACGUCUGCUGUCAUGGAUUUAAAUGAUAGGCCUAUUGGGGCUAGGAAAGUGAAGAUAACCCUAGGAUUUGUAGCAUGGAUACUCAAUGUGUGUCAAGUAGAGCUUUCCAUCUCAUGCAACAAUCUCCUCAACAAAGAUGUUGGAUCCAAGUCCGACCCCCUCAGCGUGAUGCUGCAGAGCAUCGGGAAUGACAAGUGGACCGAGUUGGACCGCACAGAGAGGGUGAAGAACUGCCGGGACCCGGAGUUCUUCAAGAAGCUGCUCCUGGACUACCGCUUUGAGAAAGUGCAGUAGUUGAAGCUGGGUGUCUAUGACAUAGACAACAAGUCUGUUGAUCUGAAUGAUGACUUCCUGGGGGGGUUUGAGUGCACACUGGGACAGAUUGUGUCCCGCAAGAUGCUUACCAGACCUCUACAAAUGAAGAAGGGUAAGCCUAUUACUGCUGAGGAGAUAAAGGAUAACAGGGCCAUAGUGCUGGAGUUGGAGGCUAAAGGCCUGGAUAAGAUGGACUUAUUUGGGAAAUCUGAUCCAUUCCUAGAGUUCUUUAAGCAAGAAGAUGAUGGCAAGUGGCAGCUGGUUCACAGAACAGAGGUCCACUGCUCUGAUUAUGAUAGUGAUGGCUCGCAUGAACUUAUCGGUGUUUUCCAAACGAAUGUGUCGGAGCUACAGGAAGCUGGUUUGCCGGUGGAGUUUGACUGUGUCCAUCCAGAGAAGCAGAAGAAGAGUUAAAACUCUGGUGUAAUCAGUGUCAAGGGCUGCCAGAUACAGGCACGGUACACAUUCCUGGACUAUGUCAUGGGAGGUUGCCAAAUAAAUUUUACGAUGGUCGCAUGCGGUUGGACACAUGGAGGAGAGAAUAGUUUUCACAGUAUCCUCAAAACGGUGUAUUUUUGACACAACUGCGGACAGCUACAGGGACAUAAACACGAAAAAAUGCUGCUUGGAGACAAGUGUCCACGAUAGUAGGAUUGCCAGGUCAGUUUAGUAGUGAGCAUGUGCUAGAUGUGGCUAGCUAGCUAACCUAGCUUGCUAACCUAGCCAAUGAGGUGUGUGUGUGU